GUCACGUGAUAUGUCGCAACAGGAAGUGUCCACCAAUAACAACAAUUGGGCGAGUGCUUCGAGGCUGGAGCGCAGAGUGGGAGAUGUGGACCUGGAAAAAUAAAGGAACGUUGCAAAAGAAGAAAGCUUUCGAUGUGGUCACAGCAUGCGUUUGCUGUACGUGCUGUGCGAGGAAAUCAGACAGUGAUCUAUGUAUGCAUGCAGACCAGAUCUCUUCUUGAAUGAUCACUAUGCGGUCAAAGAAGUCCCAACUUGGCAAAAAAGAGUUGCACCACCAACGCACCAGCCCCUGUGGACAUGACUGACAUGUAAAAAAGGAGCAACUUAUCUCAACUUUUUGUUACGAUGGACCAACCUCUGCUGCAAAGAGAUCUGGGCCAACGUUCAAGUGGCUCCUGCAGAAUGCUAAAGAUAUGGCUGCCCAUACUCGCCUGGUUACCCAAAUACAACCUUAAGUGGCUUCAGAUGGACCUCCUAGCGGGCUUCACUGUUGGGCUGACAACUGUGCCACAGGCCUUGGCCUAUGCCGAAGUAGCAGGCCUUCCCGUGCAGUAUGGGCUCUUCUCCGCCUUCAUGGGGGGCUUCAUCUACACCCUCCUCGGGACAUCCAAGGACGUGACACUGGGGCCCACAGCUAUCAUGUCCCUCCUCUGUUUCUCGGUGGUGGGGGGCGAGCCCCGCCGAGCCGUGCUACUCAGCCUCCUGUGUGGUCUCAUCCAGGCUGGAAUGGCAUUGCUCAGAUUAGGCUUCCUGUUGGACUUCAUCUCCUUCCCUGUAAUUAAAGGCUUCACUUGUGCUGCGGCAAUAACCAUCGGCUUUGGCCAGGUGAAGAAUAUCCUGGGCCUCCAAGAUAUUCCCCACGAGUUCUUCCCGCAAGUGUACUACACCUUCUACAAGAUCCCAGAGGCCCGCAUUGGCGAUGUGGUCCUGGGUCUGCUCUGUCUUGCCGUGCUGAUGAUGUUGAUGUUCAUGAAGACACGUCUGGGCUGUGAGGCUGCUCCCAGGUACUCCAGGAUCGCCAGGACAUUUGUAUGGGCUGUUGCAACAAUGCGUAACGCCCUGGUCGUGUUGGCUGCAUCUUUGUGCGCGUUUUCAUGGGAAGCUUAUGGUCAUCACGUCUUCACAAUCACUGGCAAAACAUCCGAGGGGCUCCCGCCGUUCAAGCCCCCACCCACCUCAGACACGACCGCCAAUGGCACGGUGGUAUCGUUUGGAGAGGUUGUAGAGGGCUUUGGAGGAGGGCUCGCUGUCAUUCCUCUCAUGGGGCUGCUGGAGAGUAUCGCUAUUGCAAAAGCAUUCGCCGGACAGAACAACUACAGGAUCGAUGCCAACCAGGAACUGCUGGCAAUUGGCGUGACCAAUGUCAUGGGCUCCUUUGUGUCAGCCUACCCUGUCACCGGCAGCUUUGGAAGGACUGCAGUGAAUUCUCAGACUGGGGUUUGUACUCCAGCUGGAGGAAUUGUCACCAGUGUUAUAGUGUUGCUUUCCUUGGCGUUCCUCAUGCCGGCCUUCUAUUACAUCCCAAAAGCUUCCCUGGCUGCUGUUAUCAUCUGCGCUGUGGCUCCGAUGGUGGACUACCAUGUUGUGGCUGACAUGUGGCGAAUACGCAAGCUGGACCUUCUUCCCUUGGUGGUGACGUUCCUGAUGAGUUUCUGGCAGGUGCAGUAUGGAAUCAUGGGAGGUGUAGCUGUGUCCGGAGCCCUCCUGAUGUACAGCAUGGCUAGACCCCAGAUGAAGAUGUCGGAUCAAGGUGUGCUUCUCAUCAAAUUGGCCAGCGGGCUCAGCUUUCCUGCUGCAGAACAUCUGAGCCACGUAAUACACGCCAAGGCUCUGCAGGUGUCACCUGCCUGCUCAGUAGUAUUGGACUGCCAUCACGUCAGCAUAAUUGAUUACACGGUCAUUCAUGAGCUGAGCGACCUGCUGAGGCACUUCAAAGUCCAAGAUGUGCAUCUGAUCUUUUCCAGAUUGCAGCCCGCCAUCCUGGACGUUCUUCUUGCCGCAGAUCUGGAGGGCUUCAGGUUUGCAGACAGCGUGGAGGCCGCGCUGCAAAUGGGAUCAGGAAACCUCAGCUCAUGACACAAGAAGCAUCCAGUCUCCAUCCACAGAGGAGACUGGAGAAACACGGCUGAAUUACAGAAAGAACUCGAAGACAGCGUCCCCUUCCCUCCUGCUUGCCAUCUUUGCCGACAAGAGUCUUUUUGUUGUAUAUAUUUUGAAUUUGUGCGUACCUAUUUUGACAUUUCAGCAUUUUGCUGGUCUGUUCUGUUAUGGUGUUUCCCAGCUCUUAUACCGUAUUAGGUAGUCAGCAGCCAGCCUCAUCACACCCGACCCUGAUGAAGAGCUAUUAAAGGAUCAAGACGGCCUUGGAGGAGACGGCAUGGUCAAUACGCGGAAGCAUCAUCCAACAAAGCAAAGCAAAAGUUUGUUUGAGCUGAACCAAGCGUGAACGCCCAAAGUGCUACACGACCUCUCAGCAAGGCACCAGUGAAGGCCAAAGAUCUUAUCCAUUGUUGUAUAUAAUCUUAUUAUUUUUCAUAAACCUUCAUAAAGUGGAAAUCAGACUUCAGUGUUUGUGUGUGGACGGGUAAAAGGGAACUUUUUGGUUUGUGUCAAAAGAAAUGUGUAACAUUAUGUCAUGUUUUUAAACUUUAUUUAACAACAGAAACAUGAACUUAUUGACUUAUGGGUGUUUGUUUCAUUAAAAAAAAUACAAAAACGUUC